UUUCUUUGCACACCGAAAUUUGAUGUCAGGAGUCAGGACGAUCAAGACUUGACCGAGGCCAAUUCUGCCCGUCUUACAAAGGCCCGAGGAAGCGAAGACUUGACCGAAGGUCAACCGUUGCAGGUGCCUGCAAUGUCAGCAUUCCAUUCUCCACCGUCCACAGCACGCUGGCCAAAGGAUGCCCAUUGUCCAGUGUUCCUGCAGGCUGCAGCCACACCUCUCAGCUCAGAGACGACCAUUCCCCUCCAAGAUUCCCUCUCCUCUCCAGUCUCCACUGAGCCAUGUCCGCCGCCGCGCCCUACCGGCGGCCACACGUCCUGGUCGUCCCCUUCCCGUCCAAGGGCCACCUCCUUCCCCUCCUCGACUUCGCCCACCUCCUCUCCACCCGCCACCAAAUCCCCCUCACCGUCGCCGUCACGCCCUCAGACGUCCCCCUCCUCUCCGCCUUCCUCUCAUCCACCCCUCUGGCCACCGCCCACCCGCUCCCUCUCCCUCCCCUAGAACAACCCGCCCACCACGCGCUCCUCGCCGCCCCACUCUCCGCCCUCCGCGGCCCGCUCGUCUCCUGGGCCCGCUCGCAGCACCACCACCCGCCCACGGCCGUCCUCUCCGACUUCUUCCUCGGCUCGGCCCAGCUCGUCGCCGACGACCUCGGCCUCCCGCGGGUCGCGUUCUACAGCAGCGGGGCCUUCGCCACCGCCGCGCUCGACCACCUCUGGCACGGCGCGCUGCCGCUGGAUCCCGACAGCCCGGUCGUCGCUCUCGGCGCGCUCCCGGGAUCCCCUUCCUUCCCCUACGCGCACGUGCCGUCCGUGGUCAGGAGCUUCGUCCCCGGCGACCCGGACUGGGAGCUCGUGCGCCAAGGCUUCCUGCUCAACUCCAGAGCCUGGGGCGCAGUUGUGAACACGUUCGAUGCGAUCGAGGGCGAGUACUUGGAGCACCUGAAGCGGCGCUUCGGCCACGGCCGCGUGUGGGCGGUUGGCCCCGUCGCCGACACCGGCUGCCGUGGACCGGGGGAGAGGUCGGCGUCGACGGCGGCGGAAGCGGAAGCGGAAGAUCUAAGAGAGCUGUUCGCCUGGCUCGACGACUGCCCCGCGCGUUCCGUGAUCUACGUCUGCUUCGGGACCAUGUACAGCCCGUCCCCUGCGCAGGCGGCGGCGCUGGGCGCCGCGCUCGAGGCGAGCGGCGCGCGGUUCGUCUGGGCGGUGGGCGGCGCCGCUGCUCCCGCGCUGCUGCUUCCGGAGGGGAUGGAGGAGAGGCUGGCCCGGGACAACAAGGGGCGCGUGGUGCGCGGGUGGGCGCCGCAGGUGGAGAUCCUGCGGCACGUGGCGGUGGGGGCCUUCGUGACGCACUGCGGGUGGAACUCGACGCUGGAGGGCGUGGCGGCCGGGAAGACGCUGGUGUGCUGGCCGAUGAAGGCGGACCAGUUCAUCGACGCGCGGCUCGUCGUCGACGUGCACGGCGCCGGGGUGUGCGCCGCGGAGGGCGAGGCCGCCGUGCCCGACCCGGCCGCGCUCGCGCGGGUGUUCGCGGACGCCGUGGAUGGUGGUUGGGACGGGGACGGGGACGGGGCGGAGAUGGCCGGGGUGAGGGAUAAGGCGCGCGCUCUCGCUUUGGCUGCUGCGGAGGCGGUGGAGGAAGGCGGCAGCUCGUGGGUGGACUUGGAGACGAUGGUCAAGGAGCUAGAAGCCGUCGCGGCGGCGUAGGAGUGCCGUUGCUAGUCCGACCGAUCCAAUAUAUUUGGGCUUUAAACAGCCCAGUCACCGCCAGAGCAGAUCCUCCUCCGAAAGGAAAAAUCGGAUUUGGACCGAAUUUCGCAGACAAACGCGACGCAGCGGGCAGCGGCCCAAGUAUGGAAAAUGGGAUUUAGAAUAUAGUUUGAAUAAAGUUAUACAUGUUGUUCUCAAAUAUAGUCUGAAUAAAGUUAUAAGUUAUUCUCAAAUA